AUGGCCUCAAUCUAUGGUGAUCAGUUUUCGACCGAUCGAUACAAGUGCAAGCUGUGCGCGAAAUGGAAGCCAGUUGCCAAUUUCUCUAGCCGGGAGCUCAAGAACUAUCGGCUCAAAGCUGCCACCGGCGCUCAGAUAGAUGGUGCAAGUGCGCAGAUUCGCUGUGUCAACUGUGCCGAUGACCAGCGUCAGGAACUGGAAUGUCGAGGGCCAUGUGGAAAGAAGCUUGGUCUAAUGGCAUUCAGCAAGGCUUCUCGCAAGGCCGGAGGCAAUAAGUGGUGUCAAGAAUGUACAAAUUGGAAAGAAUCGGCCGAACCGGAUGUUGUUGUUGGCCCCGCGCCACAGACCGAGCUUGCCCCCGACGAGGCUUUGAGUGGGAACCAGGAGGUCGGCAAUGAGGCAGAUGAAGGUAAUGUGGUCGAAGAGCAGCCGCAGCAAACCAACCCCGACACUUGGUACACUAGGAGCGGCUUCGCCGAUACGUUUUCUGGCUCCAUUGCACCAGCCUCGGUCACUUAUGGAGCUGCAGAGCAAACCGAGCUGGACAUCAAAAAUAAGGGCAAAGAGAGAGCAAGAGCCCCUGCAGAUGAUGAUAUAGAUUCGGUCUCCUCAGCCAGCAACCUAUACGAGGAUCUUGCCACUAUUGACCUGGGAGGAGACUGGGAGGCUACUGAUGCUAGACGCAGAGAACCGAUCACGUUUAAUGCUUAUGAUUCUAAAGGGCAGCUCCAUCGUCGGCAACAGACUCCUUCAGCAUCUGAAACGGGCCGGUCUUCUUCCACAGUAAGAGGUCCUGGUAUUAACACCUUCGACAACCCCCGGAAGUUUGCGAAGCCUGCUGGUACUCGAAACCCACCUCCAAAAAUGACCUACGACUUCUCUGGCUCUAGCGCAGCUGGGACUAUUCCUAGAUCGCGAGCAGUCUACAGCAUUGAGGACGACAGCGAUGGCGACUAUUAG